CAGGGCAGAGACAUUUUGCUGCUGGGCCCGGAGUGGGCAUGGAGGCGGCAUCAGCCCGUGGCUUGGAGCGCCGCCGGCAGGAACUUCUGGCGCCACCUUGUCUGGACACCGAGUCGCUCCGUAAGAGCCGACCCCCCGCACGGGAGCCUGGAGCCCUGAGAUGCCUCACUCCCAAUGGCAGGUCCCUGUGGCCUGCGUGCCAGGACUCUGUCAGCACAGCAUUGCCUUUCCUCCAAGAGAAAGAAAACGGGUCACUGGGGUCCCCUUCGCUGGCCCCCCAGGCCCUGGGGCCGUGCUGGGAGCUGAUGGUCAUAGGGAUGUCAGACCCCCUAAGUAUGACCAGGAAUCCUAAGAGCACACAGUACCCCAAUCCGGAACCGUCUAGUGCUGCUCCCCCAACUUCACUCCAGAGAAGAUCACGGAAGCAGCUGAACCCCCAAAAGGGCACUGAGAAGGGGGACCCCACGUUCAAGGGGGUGACUCUGAAGUUUCAGAUACAGCCGGAUUCUAGCCUCCAGAUUGUAUCCACCUACAGCUUGCCUGGCAGAAGCUGUUUACAAAAGCUCCCUGCAAGCCCUUCCAAAGCCCUUGUCAACCCAGGAGGCAACGAGGCCCUUGAGCCCAGGCGCUGUGCUUCUUGUAGGACCCAGAGGACUCCACUCUGGAGAGAUGCCGAAGAUGGGACCCCUCUCUGCAAUGCCUGUGGCAUCAGGUACAAGAAAUAUGGCACCCGUUGUUCCAGUUGCUGGCUGGUUCCAAGGAAAAGCGUCCAGCCCAAGAGGUUGUGUGGCAGAUGUGGGGUGUCCCAGGACUCCCACCUAAACCCAACUCAGGAACUGUGAGCCCUUCUUUAUCUAGCCAAGUCAGUUUUGCUUCAGUUUCUCCAGGGGAGAAUAGAAUCGAGCCCCUGGAAGUGCCCAGCCUGUCUUGCUGCCAGCAAUCCCAGUUGGAGAGUCAGCCUCAUGUCCAGA